GAGGUGAGAGGAGCAGGAAGCCAGGUGUUUAAAUAGCGGUAGCGGACAGACACGGAAACCCGGGACCUUCAGAGGCAAAUAUGUGCACGGUGAACAUCUUCAGGCUCCUGCUGGUCCUGCUGCUCAGUGAGGGUCUUAUCUCAGCCCAGGAGGAUGGAGCUGUGUUACGGCGCAACCUGAAGCUUCAAGGAAUUAAAAUUAACCUCCAGCAGGGCCGCAUCGUCAACGGUGAAGAGACGGCACGCAACAGCUGGCCCUGGCAGAUCUCACUCGCGACUGCAUGGUUUCCUGAACGUCCUAAUGAUAUCUACCACACGUGCGGAGGCGUUUUCCUCAACAGUAACUGGGUGCUGACUGCUGCCCAUUGCAUCGACACGAAUUAUUCUCAGUCCGUGUUUCUUGGAAAACAUAAUUUGCAAAUGGUUGAAGAGGGACAACUUCAUGUGCAAAUCAAGAAUAUACGCAUCCAUCCGAGAUGGAAUGAAAAAUUUCCACAAUAUGGGUUUGACAUUGCACUCAUUGAGCUCGAUGAAUCUGUGCCGAUCACCAACACGAUCCAACCUGCGACCCUGCCCUACCCGGGACAUAUCCUGUCCAACGACCCCGAGUGUUUUGCGACCGGCUGGGGAAAACUGUCAAGUGUCUCGGAACUGACAGCUGCCGACCACCGGCGGCCGGAUCCCCGCGGCGCGGCCGGUCCUUCCAGGCCCGAUCCGCGCCUUCCGGGGCUGCCGGAGCCACCAGACGGUCGUCAGCAUCCCGUCCCAUACGAUGGACCGGCCAGGCGGACUCGCGCUCAGUCGCGCAACUUUUCAUGA